GACAUAUUUUUGCAAUUAAGAUUGCUGCCUUUUUGUGUUAAUUGGGUGAAAUUUGAUUACUAAGUCCGUGAAAUAAAGUGUAUUCAAUCUGAUAUUGAAAUACUAAAAUAAUGACAUUUAACUUUAGAGAAAUGAGUUGGUCAGAUGUUCGUGAUCAAUUUCGGAAAUAUCGUGAAGAUAAUGAGCGUCGUAGUGAUGAAGUUAUUCAACUGUGGGAAGCAGUAUUAGAAAAUCGAGUCCAAAAGACUGGCAACGAAAGGCACCUUAUAUUGGAACAAGUGAUACUUGCCGCUUUGGACACGUCACGAUUUGAUAUUGCAGGAAAAUGCAUAGAGCAACUGAGCACGGAAUUUCCUGAUAGCAUGCGGGUAAUGAAAUUCGAAGCUAUGCGCCUGGAAGCUAUGCAGAUGUAUGAUGAAGCUAAUGAUUUGCUCGAUGAAAUCAUUGCAAAGGAUGAAACAAAUGCUGCACCUCGGAAACGAAAAAUAGCUAUAUUGAAAGCAAAGGGAAAACGUACAGAGGCUAUUAAAGAAUUAAGUGAAUAUUUAAAAACGUUCAUGUCUGAUCAAGAAGCGUGGCAUGAGCUAUAUGCAUUAUAUUUGGCGGAGGGUGAUUAUUCAAAAGCAGUGUUCUGUUUGGAAGAAGUUUUACUGCAUAACCCACAUAGCCAUCUUAUACAACAACGUAUUGCAGAGAUCCGAUAUACAAUGGGUGGAAUAGAGAAUGUGGAAAUCGCUCGCACCUAUUAUUCGCAAGCUCUCAAACUGAAUCCAAAUAAUUUGCGUGCACUAUACGGCCUAUAUCUGUGCUGCAGCUACGUUGCCAAUUCUCGCGCCUUGGUUUCGAAGCGCAAGGAAGCACAGAAAAUGGCGCAAUGGGCAUUGGAGAAUGCAACAAUGCGAACGACAAAAUCAUCGAAAAUUUCUAGCAACGAUAAAUUAAUUUCGGUUCUAGAAAGUACAAUGGCUAGCUUAGAUAUUAAGUCUAAUUGACAUUGUCCUGAAACAUUCGUAAUUUUGCUCUAGUAGAUGAUAAUAUUAAAUACCCGUUUAACUAA